AUGUCUAACCACGAAAUUGAUACUAUAUUGAGUACUCUACGUCUAGAGGCGGAUCCAGAACUAUCUCCUUUAUUUCAAGAGUUUGAAUCCUGUUUUGAACAAAAACUAUGGCAUCAACUGACUUUGAGUUUGAAAAGCUUCUUUGAAGAUGAAAGAGCCAUUCCUUUACGUCUGAGGUUGUACGAUACAUUCGUCUCUAAAUUUAUUGAUAAGAUUAAUCAAUUGAGUGUGAUCGAAUUCUUAUUGUUGUCCUUAAAGAAUAAUUCCAAUUAUGAUGAAUCGAUAAACUAUUUGAAUCAAUUGAAGGACGUCUUUAAGACUACUGAUGAAAAGAAAACAAGAAAUGAUGGGUUACCAAAUCAUAACGAUGGCAAUCUAUUGAUUGAUAUUGAAAUUGCAAGAAUAUACUUAUUCCAAGGGGAAUUAGUGAAAGCAAGAGAUUCUCUAGAUGAAUUUAAUAAGAUUCUAGAAUCGAUUGAUACUUUACCAUUAAUUCUAGUUAAUACUUUUUAUUCGGUGAAUGCUUUAUAUUAUAAAUUAAAGAAAGAUUUUAACAAUUUUUACUAUACUUCUUUAUUAUUUUUAUCUACAAUGGAUAAAGAUUAUGAAAUGGAUUUGACUUCUCAAGAGAAUAGAGAAUUAGCAUUCGAUUUAAGUAUUGCUGCUCUAUUAGGUGAUAAGAUUUAUAAUUUCGGUGAAUUACUACAACAUCCGAUAAUGUCAAGUAUUUCAAAUAAUAUCGAAUUCGAUUGGUUACUGAAAUUAUUAACAGCUUUAACAAAUGGUGAUUUUGAAACUUUCGAUUCUAUACUUAAUUUACAAAUUCCAAAGACUGCGAUAUUGGCUGAACAUGAACCAUUCUUAAGACAAAAGAUUUGUCUCAUGACUUUGGUCGAAAGUGUAUUCUCUAGAAAUAUUAGAACUUUAUCUUUCGAUGAUAUUGCUAUUGCUACACAUUUGACUAAAGAUAAUGUCGAACAUCUUGUAAUGAGAUCUAUAAGUUUGGGACUAUUAAAGGGUUCUAUCGAUCAAGUCAAUGAAAUCGUAAGUAUCACUUGGGUUCAACCAAGAAUCAUAAGCUUCAACCAAAUUGAAAAAAUGAAUGAUAGAUUGUAUGAAUGGAAUGAUCAAGUAUCAAGAUUAGGUGAAAAAUUAGAAGAUCGUGGAAGAUCUAUUUGGGUGUAA